UCUCCGCCGCUCGUGCAGGUCAGUCAGUCGGUGUGUUGGUACCGAACGAUGGAGGAAACCGCGCGUCCGCCGCUCCCGGUGACCGUGGAGGGGCUCUGGGAUCCGGAUCAGACCAGAUCCGUGAGGAACAAACUGCAGCUCUACUUCCAGAGCAAGAAGAAGUCCGGCGGGGGAGACUGCCGGGUGGAGGCCGAGGACGGAGCCCCGAUGGCAGCCGUGUUCUUCCGCUGCGAGGACGUGAAACUUCGAGUCCUCGCCAGACAAAACCAUGAAAUCCUCCUGGACAAUCAGACGGUGAAGUUACGUCUGAUUUCUGCUUCAAUCCCGACGAGCAGUGACGCUGCUUCAGACUCACAUACUCAGGACUCAGAAGUUCAGCCUGGAGCUUCAGCAAAGAACAAAGAGGAUGAAGACCUGCCUUGCGUCUCCGUGGUGUUGGACAACGUGUCCCACAACACACCCAGAGACCUGCUGUCUAUGCUGGUGGAGAGCAUCUCGGGUCUGGAAGAAAGUCAAUUCAGUCUGGAGGUCAUCUGGGAGAGCAGCAGAGCCGUGGUCACCUUCAAGCAACCGGCAGACGUGGAGAGGUUCCUGGCCGUGAGCCGGUCCACCCAGAAGCUGCAGAAACGAGGCCUGACGGCUCGCCCGCUGGAGGCGGCGCUGAGCGUCCGAGUGGAGAGUCUUCCUCCGACCGUGAUCAAAGACAUGUUGGAGCUGUACUUCGAGAAGCAGUGGGAGGUGCCGGAGGACGUGGUCCUGAUCCCCGAUGAACAGGCGGCCGUGGUGUCCUUCAGGAGCCCCAAAGUCGUGGAAAGCAUUUGCAUAAAGCAAGACUACCUGAUGCAGUCCAUCCCCUUGAAGGUGUAUCCGUACUACGAGUCCCUCGGCACGGCGCUGUACGGCGCCGAGCGUCCGGCGUGGAAGAUGCCCGAGCCCUUCACCGAGAGCGUGGACCACGUUGUCUGGAAGUUCCUCCUUGCGAAGAAGCUGCUGAGCAACCUCAAUGAUCGAAUGCGUCCGGACUUCUGCAGCGUGGACUUAGAGACCUCGAAGGCAAAGCUCCGCCCUCUCCCGGAGUUCCUGAGGCAGAAGGGUCUGACCGCCCAGCGAGUGGAGGGGUGGACGAGCGCCGCCAAGGAGGCCUUCCAUCGCCAAAUGUCCGAGUACGGCGCCUUCGACUGUCCGGCGAGCGCAGGUGCGUGGAAAGCUGCAGAGGAAGAGGUCCGUUCUGCCGUCGGGGAUGACGCCGUCCUGGUGCUGGACGCACCCAACGGAAUCUUGACCGUAGCCGGCCGAGCCGACACUCUGAAACAAAUCCGAGCUCCCGUGGAGAACAUCGUUCUGAAAGCCAUGGAUCGGAUGAAGCGUCAGGCAGAAGGUUUAUCUGAAUGGAUGAACAUGUCUCCUGAGAUGUUCUACAUCCUGAAUCACGAGGGCUUCCAGGAAGCGGCCCGGGAAAUUUCCCCCGACAUGAAACUCUCCUUCAAUGCAGUCGACCACAAGUUGACCAUCACGGGAUUCGCUGCAGAGGUUUACAAGACGAAAGCGUGGAUCCUGGAGAGGAACGUGGGCAUGAGUAAGAAGCACCAGAAUAUCCCCCCACCUCUUCUGGACUUCCUGAAGACCGUGGAUCCCAUGGACAUGUCGCAGCACCUCUUCACAUCCAGAGGCAUCGGGGCCGUCUACGCCAUCGAGAGCAAGGGGUUGACUCUGUCGGGGAGUUCUGAGAGUGUCCUCGCUGCCGCCGAGAGCAAGAUGAAGACCGAUUUGGCCCAGCAGACUUUAGAUGUGGAGGACCAAGACGUUCUGAAACUUCACCUUUGGGUGCAGCUGAACCAACAGCUAUUGCACACCUACAACUCUUCAACGAAAAAAACUGUCGCCAUAAAGAUCUACCCAGAGAGAAACGACAAGGUAACGGUGGCUGGCUUCCGGAAUCAAGUGAAAGAGGUCAGCGACAGUCUGAGGGAAUUCAUCAUGAACUACUCGAGGGUUCAAGAAACCAUUCGCGUCAAGUCCUGCGCUGUCAUUCAGUUCAUUGAAAAAAAGAAAUUGCAAGAUUGGUCCGGCAUCGCCAAAGAUAAUGACGUAGAAGUUGGGUUUGAUUCGACGAGGCCGAAGAUCACCCUCACCGGGGCUCGUGUUCAUGUCCAGAAAGCCAAAAGUUGCCUCCAGGAGCUGGCGAGUCGCCUCUCCACCGACCACUUCACGGUGGACAAGCCUGGAGCCAAGAAGUACUUCCAGUCUCAUGCAAGCCUGAUCCUGUCGACGGAGCUCAGCUGCGUGGUGGUGCUUAGUCCGGAGAAUCAGGAGGAGGAGUUUGAGGAGAUGGAGUACGAGGAGGUGAACGGACAUUGUUAUUGCAAAGUGAAGACCGCGAGUGGGGUUCUGGUCUCGGUCAGCAAGGCCGACAUCUGCCGCUUCAGCGUGGACGCGGUGGUCAAUGCGGCCAACGAGGAUCUGCAGCACAUCGGUGGCCUGGCGAUGGCGCUGCUCAAGGCGGCGGGGCCGGAGCUGCAGAAGAUCAGCAACGACCUCGUCGCCGCGAGAGGAAAGCUGCAAGUCGGCGACGCCGUCGUGACGGCCGCGUUCAACCUGCCCUGCAGGCACGUCGUGCACACAGUCGGCCCGCGGUUCUCCGACGCCGACAGGAAGACUUCUGUGUCGCGUCUGAAGAUGGCGGUCAAGAGCAGCCUCGCGCAGGCCGAGGCGGUGAACUGCUCCACCGUCGCGCUGCCGGCGAUCAGCUCGGGGGUGUUUGGCUUCCCCGUUGACCUCUGUGCCGAGACUAUCGCCGAGGCCGUGAGGGACUUCUGCGACGCCCCCGGAGCUCCGCGGUUGUUGACGCAGGUCCACCUGGUGGACAACAACGACAACACGGUGAGGGUCCUGGCCGCAGCCGUCAACAGGCUGUUCAAGGACCUCGGACCCACGAUGACGGUUCCACCGCCGGCAGCAGGGAGAGGCGCUGGGGCUUCUGGUGGAUACCAACUGGUUCCUGGUCAGAGCCAGUUGCCCAGUGGCCGUCCGUUCAGUGGCCAAGGACAAGGAGGACCUGUAUCUCGAGAAGGUCCACCAGGUAACCACGGAGGUCAGAACCUUGGAGGCAACGCCAGCCCCGGAGGGCUCGGAGGCUUGGGGAGUAGAGAGCAGACCACCGCCGAGGGGCUGAAGAUUAUUCUGCGGAUCGGCAAUAUUCAGGACCAGACUACCGACGUCAUUGUCAACACCAUCUCCGAGGACAUGAACCUGGACCAGGGCGCCGUGUCCAGAGCCGUCCUGCAGGGGGCCGGCGCCGGCCUGCAAGCGGCCAUCCGGUCUGCAGCCAGGGGGGCGUUCGCGCUGCCGUACGGCGACGUCGUCAUCACCGACGGCUUCAACCUCAAGUGUCAGAAAGUCUUUCACGCCGUUUGCCCAUAUUGGGACAACAGAGACAGCCGGGCCGAGGAGGACCUGGUGUCCAUCGUCAGAUGUUGCCUGAAGGAGGCCGAGAGCCACCGGAUGGCGUCGCUGUCCUUCCCCGCCAUCGGCACGGGGAACCUGCGCUUCCCCAGAGACGUGGUGUCCAGAGUCCUGCUGCAGGAGAUCCAGGCGCACAGCCACAGACAAACCGCUCGCCACUUGAGGGAGGUGGCCGUCGUGGUUCACCCGAGCGACAGCCAAACGGUGGACUGUUUCACCAGAGAGUUCAAAGGUCAGACCGGUCAGAGGAACGUCAGAGAGUUCAAAGGUCAGACCGGUCCGAGGAACGUUCAACGGGAAGCUCGGGAAUUUAACGAUACACCAGUGAGCCAAUCACAGCAGUCCUCAGCCUCCUUCGACCGGGUCUCCUCUCCGAGUCUCGGCGUGCACCAGAUCCAGUUGGGUCCGCUGAGUCUCGAGGUGUCGACCGGCGACAUCACCAAGGAGGCCAGUGAUGUCAUCGUCAACUCCUCCAAUCAGAACUUCACCCUCCAAUCAGGCGUGUCCAAAGCCAUCUUAGACGCCGCUGGACCGACGGUGCAGAUGGAGUGCUCUCAGAUAGUGGGUUCUAAAGGGUUCCAGCCUGUUCCGUUCAUCCUGACGUCAGCUGGCCGGCUCUCCAGUUCUCACAUCCUCCACGUUGUGGGUGUUAACGAGGCCCAGAGGAUCCGGGACCUGGUCUACUCGGUGCUGAAGUUCUGCGAGGAGAAGAAGUUCAGAUCCGUUUCGUUCCCGGCUCUGGGAACAGGUCAGGGUGGGGCCAGCCCGGCGGCGGUGGCGGACGCCAUGGUGGAAGCUGCGGUGGACUUCGUGAGGAAGAAGCAGCCGCGCCUCCUCCUCAACGUGAAGAUCCUGAUCUUCCAGACGGCCAUGAUGGCCGACUUCCACCAGAGCAUGAGGAGCAGGGAGGGGGAGGAGGUGCAUGAGAGGAGCGUCUUCACCAAGUUCAAAGACGGGGUCUCCAGCGUCACCUCCUUCCUCCUGGGGGCCAGCGAGCGCCGCCCCACCACCCGCGGCCCGGUUCUGGAGCGGGAGGAAUUCCAGCCCACGGCGUUCGACCUGUGUGCCGACAGCGAGGCGGCCGUGAGCCAGGCGAGGACGAGGAUCCUGGAGCUGAUCGUGGCCGAGCAGGCGCAGAGAACCAUCAAGGACCCGUUCAUCAGUAAGCUGGCGCCGGCCGACAUGGACCGGCUCAGGGCCCUGCAGAGGUCUCUGACGGUCAGCAUCCACCUGAACCCGGGGCAGCAGGACCAGGGGGACCACAUCCACCUGGAGGGUCUGACCAGAGACGUCCUCACCGCCGAGGCUGAAAUCAGGGAGAUCAUCCACCAGGUGGAGCGCUCGGAGAACCUGAAGAGCCGGGCGGUGCUGCUGAGCGGCCUGGUGGAGUGGCAGCACACGGACCGGGCCGGCGCCAUGGCGCCCUUCGACAUGUUCACCAACCUGCAGCUGGAGGAGGCGCUGGAGGCGCAGCAGGGGAGCCUGAAGGUCUCCAUCCUCCACCAGGAGUUCACCGCCCAGGUGGCGGCCAGGAGGGCUGUGUCGGCCAACGGGCACCUGGUGGUGGAGCUCCACAGGAAGGAGAUCAAAGCCGACAGCGUCGCGCUGCCGCCUCACUGGGACGCCAUGGAGGACUUCCUGCAGCUGUUUCCUCUGAAGGCGAACGCCAAGGAGUACCAAGAGGUGGAGGCGGAGCUUACCAAGACGGGGCUGAUCCCCAGCAUCGUCAGUAUCGAGCGCGUGCAGAAUGCAACGCUGUGGCGCAGCUUCCAGCUGAUGAAGAAACACCUGGAGGUCGCCAACAAGCACACGAAAAACGAGCGGCGCCUCUUCCACGGCACGUCGGCCGGCGCCGUCGACCUCAUCAACAAGCAGGGCUUCAACCGCAGCUACGCCGGAACACACGGUGCGAUGCUGGGGAACGGGUCCUACUUCGCUGUGGACCCGGUGUACUCGGCAAAAGGCUACGCUCAGGCCGACCCCGCCGGCCUCAAGCGCAUGUACCUGUCCCGGGUCCUGGUGGGGGAAUUCACCGUGGGGAAGCAGGGCCUAAUCACGCCGCCCUGCAAGCCCAUGGGGAAUUCCUCAGACCUGUACGACAGCGUGGUGGACCAGGUCGCCAACCCGACCAUGUUCGUGGUCUUCAACGACGUCCAGGCCUACCCCGAGUACCUGAUCACCUUCACCUGAGGAACCUUAAGGAACCCCGAGUACCUGAUCACCUUCACCUGAUCACCUUAAGGAACCUUUUGUUCUUACUUAAACCUUUUGGAAUAGUGUAUGAUAUAUGUAUAUUAUAUAUGGGUUGAUUUUUCACAAACACAUAAUAAAGUUCUGUAUCCGAGUUAAAAGAUUCAUUAAAUUAAAAUAAAUAAAUAUAAUCUUC